UGAAAUUACAAUAAAGAAAAAUGAAAGUUUGUUUUCCCAAUGAACUUGGUAUAGGUUAAGAUUUAUAACAGUUGAAUUUUUGUUCAUCUCUGAUAUAUAUAUCUUGAUACCCAUGACGUUAGUGUUGAGUGUUACAUGACUUCGUGACGUUCAGACCUUCAGUUAAGAUGCUAUCUAUCUGACAUCGGUGUGGGAGGACAACUGGCAAUGGAAGAUAAUGUCACAAAGCAGGCGGACGAAAUUGAGGCGCUGGCAUCAAUAUAUGGAGAUGACUGGAAAGUGGAAGACGAAGUGAAUCGAUCGUACAGCAUCAGCUUAAAGGAAUGUGGUCAAGAGAUCACAUUAUAUUUCAUAUUGCCACCCGAAUACCCAUCUACAGCACCUCCGAAGUAUCAGCUGUCAGCACCGGGACUAAAACCCGAAGAAAAAAAUUUGGUUAUUUCCGCCCUUGAUGAACUAAGUAUAUUACAGUGUGGACAAACAGUGAUAUAUGAAUGGGUUGAAAAAGUAAGGGAGUUGGUUCAAGAUUUUUUGCCAUUAGAUAAGGGUACUGAAGAUUUUGGCAUUGACAGUGCUGCAUUCUCAUCAGUCACCUGUGAACAGCAGGAAUAUGAAUUUCAACUACCACAAAUAAUACAUGGAGAGACAAUCACUGAUCGAAAAAGUGUCUUUCAAGGCCAUGCUGCACCAGUGUUCUAUGCAGAACAAGUCAAGGCAAUUUUACAAAAGCUAUAUGAAAAUAAGAAAAUAGCUAAUGCAACUCACAACAUGUAUGCCUAUCGAAUUUUCAAAGAUGAUACAAAAUCAUUUCUGCAGGAUUGCGAGGAUGAUGGUGAAACACAUGCUGGAGGAAGGCUGCUUCAUCUAUUGCAGAAUGGCAGCCACAUUAAAUCUUCACUGUGAGCAAGUUUUAAAACUGCAUUAAGAAUUGCUCAAUCCGGGAAACCCUUUUUCAAAGGGGAGAUUGUGAAAGGGUGUCUGACUGAUGCUGCAGAACUUGUGUGUCCCACGAACGUUAGCAGGUUUCAAGAAAUCAGUCCAUCCAAACAAACAGUGACAAAACGUAUCAGUGCUAUGGCCAGCGAUGUGCACAGGCAGCUAAUAAAUAAGGCUAAAGACUUUGUUGCUUUCUCUGUUGCACUCAAUGAAGCAACAGAUCUUACAGAUACAGCCCAGGUGUGAUAUACAUACAAGGUGUCUCUAAAGCACUUUGUGUAACAGAGGACAUUUUGGACUUAGUACCCUUGAAAGGGACUACUACAGGUCCGGACUUACUCCAAGCUGUUGAGCAAGCGAUUGAUGGUGUCAGUAUGGACUGGAAUCAGUUAGUCUCAGUGAUGAGAGAUGGAGCACCAUCAAUGCAUGGCCAUCAGAGAGGACUCAUAGCACGGAUGUACAAAAUGCUAGGGCGCACAGACGAGACGUUGUAUGGAAUUCACUGCAUUCUGCAUCGAGAGGCACUUUGUGCAAAAUCAGUAACGUUAGCAAAUGUCAUGCAAAUUGCUGUGCGUACUGUAAACUAUCUGAAGACACAUGGCCUUACGCAUCGCCAGUUUUGGCAGUUCUUGGAGGAAUUAGGAGCGGAGUAUGACAACGUACCUUACUAUACCGAAGUACACUGGCUCAGUUGAGGUAAAAGGCUGAAAAUAUUUUUUGAUUUGCGUUUGGUGAUAGUAACAUUCUUACAAGAGAAGGGAAAAAGUGAACCUAUGUUGGAAGACCCUUGUUGGAUAUCAGGCCUUGCAUUUCUCAUGGACGUUACUUCUCACAUGAACAGCCUGAACGUCAGUUUGCAAGGUGAAAAUAAUUUAAUUUCUGACAUGUUGGAAAAAGUAAAUGCCUUUGAAAGGAAGCUUGCGCUUUGGGAGAGCCAGCUAUUGACAAAAAACACUGCACAUUUCCCGAUUCUUGGACUGGCCCAUGAAAGUGCUAGAUUUCAAGAAUAUGUGUCAAUAAUUGUAAAAAUUAAGGAACGAUUUCAAGCACGAUUUGCAGAUGUUACGAGUUUGUCUGCUGCCAUUCGCCUCUUUGCUCGACCAUUCUCGUUGUCAGUUGAAGAUGCUCCGAAUGAUCUACAGAUGGAACUGAUCGACCUACAGUGCAAUACAAGACUGAAGGACAAGUUCUUUGCAGUGCAAAGUGCAAAAGAGUUCUAUGAAAAUUUUUCACAACAAGAAUUUCCAUGCCUGCACUGAGAAGCCGUGAGAGUUAUGUCCAUGUUCGGGUCAACAUAUGUUUGUGAAAGAUUUUUCUCGGUGAUGAAAAUGAAUAAAUCAAGGUUUCGAUCAAGCAUAAGUGAUGAAAAUCUUCGCAACUGCUUGCGUUUGUCAAUGAGCUGUGCUUUUGUGCCCGAUAUUAACUGUAUCA